UUCAAUUGCCAUUAAUAAAGCAUAUGAAUGAACAAGAAGUUUGUCAGGCGAUUAUACCAAGUAAAGAUGUUGAUGGUUUUCAUUUAGAAAAUUUAGGUAAUUUAGCAUUAAAUAGGGAUGGAAUUAUUCCUGCAACUGCUUUGGCUGUGAAAGAAUUAAUAAUAAGAAAUAAUAUUGAAACUUUUGGAAAAAAUGCAGUUGUAGUAGGAAGAUCUAAACAUGUUGGUUUACCUAUUGCAUUACUUUUACAUGGUGACAGUAAAGAAAUUUUUCACGUCAACAAUAAAAAUGUAUCGACCAAGAGUUCUAAUUACACGUCCGGAUAUUCCAUCUGUAGCAUUAAAUUUGCUGAAAAAACAAUGUGAUGUUGUUCUAUGGGAAAAACCUGAACCGAUUCCUAAAUCUGCAUUAUUAUCAAAAAUCAAAAAUAUAGAUGGUAUUUAUUGUUUAUUAACAGAUAAAAUAGAUGAAGAAGUAUUAAAUGCAGCAGGACCACAAUUAAAAGUUGUGGCUUCUAUGUCAGUUGGUGUUGACCAUUUAGAUUUACAAGCCUUAAAAAAAAGGAAUAUUAAAGUUGGUUAUACACCAGGCAUUCUAACAGAUGCAACAGCUGAAUUAACUGUAGCAUUAUUAUUAGCUACAUCCAGAAGAUUAAUAGAAGCAAAUAGAGCUGUUUAUGAGGGUGAAUGGAAAGCAUGGUCACCUACUUGGAUGUGUGGACCUGGAUUAUCUAAAUCAAUAAUUGGAAUAGUAGGAUUAGGUCGUAUUGGUAUUCAAGUAGCAAAAUGUCUAAAAAGUUUUAAUACUUCUAAAAUAUUAUAUACAAGUAGAAAUGUUAAACAAGAAGCAUGUGAAUUUGGAGGAGAAAAAGUAAAGCUUGAUAUAUUAUUAGAAAAAAGUGAUUUUGUAAUUGUUACAAUAGCUUUAACUCCUGACACAAGACAGAUGUUUAACCAAAGUACAUUUAAAAAAAUGAAAAAAUCUGCUGUAUUUAUAAAUGUCAGUAGAGGAGAAGUUGUUGAUCAAUCUGCUCUAAUAGAAGCUUUAAAAAAUGGAAUAAUUAGAGCUGCUGGCUUAGAUGUUAUGACUCCUGAACCUAUUCCAUUAGAUAAUGAGCUACUGAAAUUAGAUAAUUGUGUGAUAUUACCACAUAUUGGUAGUGCUGCUAUAGAAACACGAGAGGAAAUGUCAAUAAUUACUGCUAAAAAUAUUAUAGCAGUUUUAAAAGGAAAUCCAGAUGAAAUGCCUACUCCACUUCAAUUAUAAGAACAAUUUAAGUUAAAUAUUAUAGAAAAUUAUUAUUUUAUAUUUUAUGGUAUUUUAGUAUAUGAUAUUAUAGAAUAUGUAUUUUAUAAUAAGUUAUUAAAGCAGGAAUAAUGAAUAAAGAAAAUUAUAUUAACAA